AUGCAUCUCGUUUACACGCCACAGAUACGCGAUAGCAUUACGGGUUCAUCAUCUCCGCCAGCACUCGGCGUCGACAAUUCAGAUACCCCAUCCCGCGACACCAUAUGCAUGGAACGUCGCGAGAAGGACCGCACCGCCCCCUUGCGUAUAGACUUGAGUUCGGCUACGACCGUAACACCGAGUUCGAGGAUGGCUCGAUGGCUCAUUGCACCGCCCGAGUCAUCUGUGGGGAGGAGGAAAUUGCGGGCUUGGGGGGGUUCGGUACGGGCCCGAUCUGAUUCGUCCUCUCCCCGUAGGGCUGAUUACCUGAUGUGCACCGUCCUGGUGGGAGGACGAGAAACCACAUGGCGACCGAAUGGGGAUGCCGCUCAUCUCGUCGAGUCCUGGGGCAGGGCGUGCCCUCACGGCACAGCCCAGCCACGAGCAUUUCGUCGGUAUCGCUCAUCGCUUGGGCGCCGUGUUGCUCUGACUGCAGGAGUCUUAUCUUCUGUUCAAGCAAGUGGAGGUUCCAUGUCACGUAGCAUCUCCACAUGCGGGCUUCUCUUUUCUUCUUCUCGAAAAAACGACGACACCGAGACCUACUGCGAGAUCGGGAAUCUGGGUCGAAAUCUGUCUGGCAAGGGGAUUACGCAGCAGCACCCAACGCAGCCAGCCCAUCACGACGAUUGGGAGAUAGCCUCAACGUUUUGGGACGCAAAGGUCGAUGGAUGA